GCUUUCCGAGUUGCGGAGAAGGAGCUGGGCAUCCCCGCUUUGCUGGACGCAGAAGAUAUGGUGACCCUCAGGGUGCCCGACCGACUGAGCAUCCUCACUUACGUCUCCCAAUAUUACAAUUACUUCCAUGGCAAGUCACCCAUUGGAGGGAUGGCUGGAAUCAAGCGCCCGGCUUCCGAGCCCAUUGAUCAGCCGACCGAGAAAAAAGGGGUCCCCGAGCCGAGGGCACCGAGUUCAACCCAGCAGCCAGCGAGACCCCCUCUUCCUCUCGAGCCCAAAGCGGAGCCAGCUGUGGUGGGGCGCAGGAUGGGGAUGGAGACCUCUCCGACGGUCGAAAGACGGGUCUUAGCCGAGAGGAACAAUGCCCAGCCGAGCAACUGUGCCGUCUGCGGAACUCACGUCCACUUGGUGCAACGCCUCCUGAUGGACGGGAAGCUGUAUCACAGGAAUUGCUUUAGGUGCAAAAAAUGCUCCAGCACUUUGCAGAGCGGGAACUACAAAGCGGGGAUCAGCCCCGGAACCUUCCUUUGCAACCGCCACGCGGGAGCUGACUCGGCGCAGGCUCCUCCUGCCCAGGAGAGCCGGACGGAGAAGAAGACAGCCUCUUCCAAGACCCCUGCAGGGAGUGGUGGGAAGGGGCUGGGGCCCACGCCGGACGCCUCACCGGUGCCCAAACCCCGUAGGGCCUUCCAAAGCAACGUGACUCCCCAACCAGCAGCCGCUCAGGAACCGUCCAACUCCCGGAGUCCUAAAUCCGGCGGGGUCUCCCCAAGUCCAAACCUCCUUCGGCCGCACCCUCCCGCCCCAACGCCGGACCCGCUUGUGGCUUCCCCUUCGACGGAAGUGCACUCCCGAAUCCAGCAGGCGCGGGAGAAGUUUUCCCAGGCUGAUCCGGGCACUUCUGACUUCCCUGCGAGGAAAGUGGAACCGGCGAAAAGUCUCAGCUCUCCUGCGCAGCCUGUCCUAAUCCUUGAGAAAACGCCCGUCUCUCGAACUCAGGGCCCCGUCGGUAGCAGCGACAGCAAGAAAGACGAAGCCCGGAGCGUCCUUCAGCGUGCCUUACCAGGACCACAGCCAGGAGGCGUUGGCCUCGCAGCGCCCCGCUCCUUGGCGCACAACAG